GGGGGGGGGGGGGGGGGGGGGGGGGGGGGGGGGGGGGGGGGGGGGGGGGGGGGGGGGGGGGGGGGGGGGGGGGGGGGGGGGGGGGGGGGGGGGGGGGGGGGGGGGGGGGGGGGGGGGGGGGGGGGGGGGGGGGGGGGGGGGGGGGGGGGGGGGGGGGGGGGGGGGGGGGCGGGGGGGGGGGGGGGGGGGGGGGGGGCGGGGGGGGGGGGGGGGGGGGGGGGGGGGGGGGGGGGGGGGGGGGGGGGGGGGGGGGGGGGGGGGGGGGGGGGGGGGGGGGGGGGGGGGGGGGGGGGGGGGGGGGGGGGGGGGGGGGGGGGGGGGGGGGGGGGGGGGGGGGGGGGGGGGGGGGGGGGGGGGGGGGGGGGGGGCGGGGGGGGGGGGGGGGGGGGGGGGGGGGGGGGGGGGGGGGGGGGGGGGGGGGGGGGGGGGGGGGGGGGGGGGGGGGGGGGGGGGGGGGGGGGGGGGGGGGGGGGGGGGGGGGGGGGGGGGGGGGGGGGGGGGGGGGGGGGGGGGGGGGGGGGGGGGGCGGGGGGGGGGGGGGGGGGGGGGGGGGGGGGGGGGGGGGGGGGGGGGGGGGGGGGGGGGGGGGGGGGGGGGGGGGGGGGGGGGGGGGGGGGGGGGGGGGGGGGGGGGGGGGGGGGGGGGGGGGGGGGGGGGGGGGGGGGGGGGGGGGGGGGGGGGGGGGGGGGGGGGGGGGGGGGGGGGGGGGGGGGGGGGGGGGGGGGGGGGGGGGGGGGGGGGGGGGGGGGGGGGGGGGGGGGGGGGGGGGGGGGGGGGGGGGGGGGGGGGGGGGGGGGGGGGGGGGGGGGGGGGGGGGCG